GCUCUGAAGAAUUUAGAUAUGAUUUUGUUGAUACUUGCUACCCUGAUACUCUACACAGCCUUUUAUCAUCUUUACUGGAAACGACGUAAUUUACCGCCAGGUCCCACUCCUUUGCCUAUUGCUGGAAAUCUCCUCUCUCUGUAUUUCUAUGAACCAGGCUAUGAAGCCUUCCGUAUUUGGACCAAGAAAUACGGGCCAUGUUUUACGUUCUGGAUGGUCAAUAGACCAGCGAUCGUUGUAACAGACUAUGAGCUUCUCAAAGAGACUGUAGUAAAAGAUGGUGCUGCUUAUACUGGAAGAAUGGAAAAUCCUUUUUCACGCUUGGUAAGAGGUGGUGAUUACGGUAUCAUAGAGGUAACAGGUGCAUUAUGGCAGCAGCAGCGAAGAUUUGUUCUACAUGUGUUGCGAGAUUUCGGUAUGGGAAAGAAUCUCAUGGAAGAGAGAAUCCUUGCCGAAGUGACAGAAUUACUGAGAAAAUGUGACAAAUUUGUUGAAAAAGAACUGGAUCUACGAGAUUUCAUUGACACUGCCGUUGGUUCGGUCAUCAAUAGCCUAUUGUUCGGAUUUCGCUUUGAUGAAAGCAACACUGACAUUUUCUUGCAUCGCAAAGCUGUAGUCAAACAGAUGAUGGAAAUAUCCGGUAGACCAGCAUUUAUAUUGUGGAUGUUUUACCCAUGGUUAAGCUAUCUCCCAUGGUAUUGGAAAUACGACCGAGAGACUAAGGAGAAGAAAACAAACUUAUAUGAUCUCUUCGAUUCUCAAAUUGAGGCUCAUAAAGCAAAAAUUGAUUUUGACUCUGAGGGAAGCACUGACUAUGUGGAAGCCUUUUUGAAAGAGCAAAAAAAGCACGAAGAUGAACCCGAAUUUGGAGGAUUUUCGAAUGAUCAACUUCGCAACAUGUGUUUCGAUUUAUGGAUGGGUGGAAUGGAAACGACAGCGAACACUUUGUAUUGGGGAGUUUGCUACUUGCUACAGGAUCCCGAAGUGCAGAAGAGAAUCCAUGAAGAGAUGGAUAAGGAAAUCGGAUCGGAUAGGCUGGUUACCAUCUCAGACAAAAAUCAACUGCACUACAUGAAUGCUGUGAUCAGCGAAGUUCAACGUCUUACCAACCUCCUUCCAAUGAAUGUCUUCCGCGAAACAACAACUGAAGUAACGAUUCAAGGCUACCGUAUACCACCAAAAACUCUGUUUUUACCCCAAAUCUCUACCGUUAUGUACAACGAAAAAUUCUUCCCCGAUCCUUACAAAUUUGAUCCAAGCAGACAUUUGAACAGCGAUGGAACUUAUGUAAAAAUUGAGCAAGUGGUACCAUUUUCCAUGGGUAAACGUCAGUGUGCUGGAGAAGGUCUAGCAAGGAUGGAGCUAUUCUUGUUCUUUGCUAAUUUAUUCAACAAAUAUGAGAUCUCCCCUUACCAAGGCAAAAUACCGUCCACUAAGAAAAGUUUCGGAGGUAGCGUUCGAGCAAAGGAUUUCUCCGUAACACUGCACAACCGACAUGCAAAAUCAUUUUAGAACAAACUGUUCAUGUUUUCCAUGUAUUUUUAUCAUAAUUAUAUAUACAUUCAUAGUUGAAAAUUAUUUACAACAGAUCGUGUGAUAAAGUAGC